CUCCAGUCAAAGAGGAUACACUGCAUCCUCCGCAGGCAGCAGCAGCACCACGUGUCUGUGACAGGUACAGCACCUGCUGCUCUGAGUGCGUCACCCACUCAGAGUGUGAGGAGAAGGAGGAGCUAUCAAAGAGGGGGAGAGCACAUCUGCAGUCUCCUCUGAACUGAUCUGAAAACAGACCAGGAGGAGAGAAGAGUCCUGAUACAGCCUGGUCACUUCUGCUUCUACUCAGACAUCUUUCUGAUCAUCACGCCUGCACACACACUCGUGUGCACUUUUCCUGUGACUGCCACCAUCACAGAAAACGUCACGACUCAUCGAUCCACCUGGAAGACGAGGGAAGCCCUACCAGAAGAACAACAACAAUCACCCUGCCUCCUCAGACAAGCCUCAGACGUCAGACCGUCCAUCAGCGCAGCCUAGGCCGACACCGAGGCGUCCCACAGAUUAAAAUGAAGAAGGUGCUCCAAAGCAGUGAGGCUCACACAGAGCAACAGCACGGCAGCGAGGAGAUAGAGAGGGAGAAGGAGUGGCAGCACAGUAGGGCUGAGAAGAAGCUGCUGGCCUUCUGGAUGUCCUUGUCUCACAGGACCUGGACCUUCUUCAGGCCCCGCGAGAGGCCGGGAUUCCAGCGCUCCGCCUCAGCCGCCCGGCUGCUGAAGAGUGAGGCGUGAGGAGAGAAAGACAGGGGGCAUGUGUGUGGCUGGAGAGUGUGUGUGUGUCUGUGUGUGCGUGUGUGUGAUGGUCUGUCAGUAGCACAGUGUCAGAAGAGGCCUGGCAGACCUGCUGUCAACUGGUCCUGUGUGUGUUGUCUGUGUGUGUGAUUGUGUGAUUGUGUGAGUGGUCCAUUCAAGUAGAUGAAAGUUUCCAUUCCUCUGGCUAGUCCACCAUUUGCAAAAGCACUUUGUGUUGCUGCCCUGCCAGUCCUGGAGUGACAGGUGUAGGGCAAAGCACUGUUUACUUCUUCUUUAAGCAUUGUUUUUCAUCACCUGUGACUUAACGGCAAGCCUGGAUUUUUGUCACAAGAACUUAACAGUCUGGAAAAAGGAAAUCUUCUCUGUCCUGGUUACAACUUCUUACUCUAAGUGGAUCGUUACAUUCUUUUCAAACUAGCCUUCACGGAUUCAGCUCGAAAGCUGAGUUUGUGGACACUCCUCGCUAGAAACACUUCAGCUCGAGGCAAGGAUGGGUUAACAGGGAUCAGCCAUGGUGGUGACCCAUCUGGCUCUGGAGUUUCGUUUCCAGGGGAAGAAGCUGAGGGGCUUCAAGUGCAACCUAACCCGCUCAGCCUGCCGCUUCCUGCCAGAGAACUCAUGGAUCAUUGCAGCCCAAAUCCUGCUGCCUUACCUGGUGUCUGGCCUGGGAAUGGUGGCAGCAGGAAUAGUCAUGGAUGUUGUGCAACACUGGGAGGUGUUCAAGGAGAUCUCCGAGGUGUUUAUCUUGGUGCCAGCCCUCGUGGGUCUGAAGGGGAAUCUGGAAAUGACACUGGCAUCCAGACUGUCAACAGCAGCCAACACAGGGCAGAUGGAUGAGGCCCAGCAGCAGUGGAGGAUGGUGUUCUGUAAUCUGGCUCUCAUUCAGGCUCAGGCCACAGUGGUUGGCGUCCUGGCAGCAGUUGCAGCAGUAGGUCUUGGAGGUCUGACCAAAGGGAGAGUGGAUGUUACCCAGGCUGCUGUCCUGUGUGCCAGCAGUGUCACCACUGCUUUCAUUGCCGCACUGUCUCUAGGGUUAGUGAUGGUGGCAGUGAUCAUCGGCUCCAGGAAGGUGGGCAUCAACCCAGAUAACGUGGCCACGCCCAUCGCUGCCAGCCUGGGAGACCUCAUCACUCUGUCUUUGCUCGCUGGGGUCAGCAGUCUCUUCUUCCUUUACAGAGACAUAUGGUACCUGCCCUCUGUGGUGUGUGGUUUCUUCCUGUUCCUCGUCCCUGUGUGGGUCAUUAUUGCUAGUCGCUCUCCUCAAAUCAGAGAGGUCCUAAAGUCAGGCUGGCAACCAGUCAUUUUGGCCAUGUCCAUCAGCAGUAUUGGUGGUUUGAUUCUGGAUAAAACUGUGAGCAAUCCAAACUUUGAGGGUAUGGCAGUGUUUACUCCAGUCAUCAAUGGUGUAGGGGGAAAUCUGGUGGCCAUCCAGGCCAGCAGGAUGUCUACUUACCUCCACUACUGGAGUGUUCCCGGAGCUCUUCCGUUCAACAUGAGUGAGAAGUGUCCUGGACCCUGUGCUACCUUCUUCUCUUCAGAUGUGAACUCCAAAUCAGCCAGAGUCCUGGUCAGCCUUGUGGUCCCAGGUCACCUCCUCUUCCUGUACACCAUCCACCUCCUGCAGGGAGGUCACACUGCCAUGACCCCAAUGUUCAUCAUGUGCUUCCUGCUUGCAGCUCUGCUUCAGGUGGGGAUUUUGCUCUAUGUGGCCAGCCUGAUGGUGCGCUGGCUGUGGAGCAGGGGCCUGGAUCCAGACAACUUCUCCAUCCCCUACCUGACAGCUCUCGGUGACCUGCUGGGUACUGGCUUCUUGGCUCUGAGCUUCAGGCUGAUUGUGAUGAUCAGCUCUACUCAAACUGGACUUUGAUACAAAAACAUAGUCCUGCACAUCCUGAAUGCACUGUUCCCUGUGUGCAAGACGCCAAAACGAACUGAAAAGAAGGAACGAGAGGACAGAAGGUGUUAUUUCUACACUCAUUAUCAUGAAAAGAAGAAUGAAAUUUUAGCUAAGGAAAACAUAUUUAGUACGAGGGCACAGUUUCACUCAUUAGAUUUCUAAUUCUCUCCUCAUAAUUCGUUAAACUUUAAGAUCUGCUCUACAUUUCUGUUGACCAUGAAACAGCACAGCUGUUACCUCUUUUCCACGAACACAGUCUUUAGGCUGCAUCUACCAAUCAGUGGUGAAUUUCAUGUUGUAGUCUAGCCUGUAACCACCAAUUCAGUGGUUUCAUCUUUGGGCCCAGCAAUUUGGUAGUACCAGCCUUCUGGCACCAAUCAAAGUCUGUUUUAGCUCUAGAUUGGAGACUUGCAUUGGGACCACACUGGUACAAAAGGGAUAUUUGUGUUCAGACAGACUGUCAAGCCUUACAGUUACAUACAAAGCAAUCUGUAGGCAGUAUUUGUCCAGCUGCCAUUGAAUUGUCUUUGUGAAGUUUCUGAUGAGGUCAGACGGAGCCUGAGUGGUCUGUAACAGACAGCUGGUACAUUAGCAUGUAGGGGAGAAUAAACACACCAGCCACACUGUCAGAUCUGUGUAAAUUACAGCCGGCCCAAAGCUGGAGCAGGUAAUGUCUGGUGUACUGUUUUGGUCUCUAGUCCACCUGUUAGUAGGAUUAUUGGUUACUAGUUUAACUCUAAUGGUGUAUUCCAAUCUAUCUCAUAAAUAAUUCACCAGAAACUCAAAGCUGAAGUAUAUUAGUGCUUAAACGUAGUCACCAGUUUGUUGCACUGUGAUAAAGACAGCUUGGAGGACUUUGUUUGUUAGAUAGUAUUUUGCAAGAAAGAAUACAAUGCUAGCUUAUUAAAAUUUAACUGUUUAUGCUCAAGAAACAGCAGAGUGAGGAGACAUCCAAGGGACUGAAAUAUUUGCUAAAGAACAACUGAGGAAUGAAUAAGGAAGAAGCUGAGCACUAAUGAGCUGAGCACUUCCCUAAUACCUCCUGAUGAUUAUGUACCAAAGUAAUCAGCUGGGAGAUGUUACAUUAGUGAAACAAUAGCUAGUAAAUAGCCUGUAAAUGAAACUAAUUCCCUGCUUUGCUGCCAUUGUUUCCUACUGUGAUCUUACACGUUUUUGUAUUCCCCCUAAUGAAGUACAGAGCUUCACCUUCAGCCUGAAGCGACAGAAAGAGCAGUUUACAUGUAAAAGAAUGCUACACGAACGAGUAUCUACUUAGCUGGGUUACUUGAGGUGACAAAGAAACAGCAGGUAAUAAUUUGGUUCAGCCUGUUGUCCAAACAUGCUAAUAGCUAUUGUUCUGUUUUGUUGGUAAUGAAAAAGUACACAGUUCUCAUUAUGUUAGUUUCAUAACUGCAGCAAAAACAGGCUGUUACUGUGAUGGAAAGCAAAAAUAUCUGAUAGUGUUGGUUAGGCUAGCAUACAUUUCAUAGGCUGUGUCACAUUCAUUGUAAGGUCCAAAUAUGUUUUGAUACUUUUGCAAUUUUGGGUAAAAAACGAAUCCCUAAAAACAUCCUAGAUAGGAAAUGAUAAAGGAAGUCUUGAUGAACAAAGGCCCACAUAGUUCCUGAAUUUUUCCCCACCAAGUGUGUGUGACCCUUGUUGUUUUGGAAAAAAGCAGACAUAACAAUCACAACAGAUUUUAUUUUGUGAAAAGUAAAUCAUUCAUUGUGUGGUUAUAAUUUAUUCACAACAUACACUACUGUGCAAUAAUCUCAAGUCUCCCCAUCCAUUCAUUAUAUGUUGCUUCCCCUCCCCCCUUCAAGAGAAGGUCUUGAACAACAGUUCUCCAGGUUUUCAGAAGGUCUUUCAAAGUUUUUCUUUGGACAGUGGCUGAGUUUUCACCCAUUUUCAGUCCAGUGCUUGCACCGGACCAUUUUCAGAGGAAUACUUUGUCUGUUAAGCCAAUUAACACCGACUUAUGAACAGGUAUUAUCUGAAAACCUGGCAUCUCUUGCCAUGGUGUGCAGUGUGUUGUUAAAAAAAUGUGAGGAAACUGUGGUGUUGGAGAUCAUGAUCCACUAUGCAAUACCACACGGAAAGCAUUUAAUUGGCAGCAACUUCAUUUGUCUGCAUGGCAAUGAUCCCCAAAACACGGUGCAGCACUGAGUCAUGGAUCGGCCUCCCCAGAGCUCAGACCUCAACAUUACUGAAGCAGUGAUCUCGGCAGAGAACUGAACAAAAGGUAGAAAGAUCCAGAGAAGAGCUUUGAGUGUCCUUCAAAAAGCCUGGAGAACUAAUCGUGAGGGCUGCUGAACAAAAAUCACAAAAAUGCUUUGAAGCUUGUUACAAUCGUACAGACACUGUUUUUGCAUUGCAUACUACAUUGCACCCAUUUUAGCAAAAUAUAAAGAAAUGAGGGACUUUUGCACUAUAGUUUAUAUCAAUUUUUACUGUUUUCACUGCUGAUAGCUCUUCACACCCAGCACUGAGGCACAGAUAUUCCCACUGUAGAUAAGCAGCAUGUAAAAAAACGAGAAUACAGGAAACAGGUGGUGGAAGAAAAAAUAAACACGUGGACAGGGUGGAGUUGUUUUGCACUUUAGUCUCCAUAUUCACCAGCUCACUGUGGCCAUUAUCAAAACCACAGUCCAUUCAAAGUGGAUGCAGCGAGUGGGAGUAAUGUAGAACCACCGUAAUAACUGUUGGCACAUCUGUACAACUGUUGUCAGCUCCUAAAUGUUACACGGCAAAUGAUCGUAUUCAGGCAAUAACAUAUAUACUGAGUGUAAAUGUAUACUAGGCGUUGCACAGUCUGGAUGAAUGUUAGAUUUUAAUCGUGCUUAUUUUCUGUAGAUUUGUGCCUUUUAAACCGUGACGAGCCUUCAGUUGGUUCUUGCCAAAUUUCUACUGGAUCUCUUAUUUUUUUUUUUUU